AUGGUUGUUCGCUGCUGUUCCAAGCAUCGUCUGUGGGCAACCGCGAAUCCUGAACAAAAUGGAGGAGCCAGCUACAUGAAAUGUACGCCGUUGGUAGUGGCCGCCAGCCGAAACCACUUACAAGUCGUCAUAACGCUUGUAGAACACGGGGCCGAUGUGAAUGCGCAAUGCAGUAGGGGACGAAGUGCCAUUAGCGUUGCCUGUAGAUUUCCAAAGAUUAUUGAGUAUCUUGUCCAGCAGGGAGCGGAGGUAGAUUCGGCUGACUGGAAAGGCCGGACGUGUCUGAUGUAUUCGAUUCAAAAUCUCAACACUUGCAUUUACCUUCUCUCGAUUGGGGCCGACGUGAAUAAACAAGACAAGAGAGGAUCAACAGCUCUCUUUUAUGCCAUUCGUAAAGGUGUUCUGAGAAUCGUCGACAUUUUUGUUAGACACGGUGCUCUGCUUCUAUAUAUCGACCAGAAUGGAAACACUCCAAUUGAUGUGGCUGCCUUACACUGUAAAACGGAAAUCCUUGAAUACUUGAUAGCAACUAAUCGUUAUCCGCUGAUGCAUAUUGCGAGGGCGUACGAAAUUAUUGGCAGUUGCUUUGUGACCGAUUUUCAUCAGACGCAUAGUCUUCUUACCGCAAAGAGGUACUGGAUGAAAGCCUUGCAAAUACGAAACAAGUGCGGUAUAAAUCAUAAGUAUAUACCUUCUUAUCUGAUUCCAAUUAUAAACAUUCUAGGAUCGGAGUUUAAUUCUGUGAAAGAUCUGAACUCCCUCCCUUUAAAUUCUUGGUUUAUGUGGACCCAAGCGCUAAUUAUUCAGUUUCGAAUUCUUGGACCGACACACCCUACAACUAGAAAGUCUUUCAUCGAUAAGGCUUUUGUCCAUGUUAAUCAGAGAGAGUUUAAAUCGGCGAUGGAUCUUAUUGUUUGUUUAUUAAGUGGUACAAGGAUAUACACAGACCCCAUUCAAGAAGAUGUCAUAGAUGUGAUCAAGUCGUUUAGUACAGCAAUAAGCGAAGCCAGCUUUGACGCUGGUCUUCGCAGCUAUUAUCUAAUGAAUGUUUUCCGUUUUCUCAUACGACAUGUGCUGUACAAUGUGGUGAGUUUCGUCGAUGAGUUGGAAUCCAAGAAACGCGGUUUAAAAUUAGCUAGUGUUGAGCGGUAUUUAUUACUUAUUCUCAACCAGCUUCGGACUGUCAUGAGCCUUUCCCUUACAGAAGAUCAAAUCACUGAUCUACGGAAAAGUCUUUACUGGCUCAUCUCAAACAAACCACGCGGCGUGAACGAGACUACAUUACUGCAUCUCUCAAUCCAGACCUACCAGCCAGUAACCGUCGUCGAAACUCUAUUGAACUGCGGAGAGGACGUCAACGCCCGAGACAAUCAAGGCAACACCGCCAUGCAUUAUGCAAUCCAGUAUGCUUCCAUUCAGCAAAUUGAAAAUAUGAAGAGUCUGAUUUCACGGGGUUUUCACGUGGAUGCCGCCAACGAAUAUGGCGGUAGCUGUCUUGAGUACUUAACGCUCUGUGUUUGGCUGGCUAAUCAAUCCGAAAAGUCUUCAUCGCUCCUUCUAUCUAUCUAUCUAUCUAUCUAUCUAUCUAUCUGUGGAAAAUGCGAAAGAGAAACAAUUGCGAAAUAA